UGUAGCCUCGGCCCUUCUGCCGUGAAAAAGGAAGAUGAGAAUCAGCAGCUGUCCACCGACACUGAACCAGCACUGAACCGAGUCUGACUUCCAGCGGAAUGGCGGCAGAGCGGCUGCAGGUGGACCGGAGCCCGAGCUCAGCGGCUCUUCUCCGGCCUUGAACACGACGCGACCGCCGCUGGAGCCGCGGAGCUCCGGAACCUGGAGGAGCGGCUGGUGGAGCUGCAGCCUGCCGGGCCGGGCCGGGCCGGGCCAAGCCGAGCCGAGCCGAGCCGAGCCGAGCCGCCGUCAUCAGCCUCUACUGCCAACAAUGCUCAGCUAGCUGCAUGACUGAAGCCUCGACAACAUCGCACCCCGAAACCAGACCCGAUCUCUCCCUGCCCCCAUUCAGGCUACAGCAUGGAGCGCUCCGGCAGCAUCCAGCUGGACAUCCCGGACUUCAGUAACUCGGUUCUGACUCACCUGAACCAGCUGCGUGUUCAGGGUCGACUCUGCGACAUCGUGGUCAACGUUCAGGGCCAGAGUUUUCGCGCACACAAGGUGGUCCUCGCUGCCAGCUCGCCGUACUUCCGGGACCACAUGUCUCUGAGCCAGAUGAGCACCGUGUCGCUGACGGUGAUCCGAAACCCGUCGGUGUUCGAGCAGCUGCUGUCCUUCUGCUACACGGGCCGCCUCUGCUUGCAGCUCGCUGACAUCAUUAGUUACCUGACGGCCGCCAGCUUCCUGCAGAUGCAGCACAUCAUCGACCGCUGCACCCAGAUCCUGGAGGGCAUCCACCUGAAGAUCAGCCUGGCUGAUCUGGACGAGGAGUCCAGGGAGGAGGAGGCGCGGGGCUCCAGGGCUAGCAGGACCCUUGAGGCGGUGGUCCGAGGAGGGGGUCAUCACGGCGGCCUGCGGAUCCUUGGCCCACGGGGAGGUGCAGAGGUGUGCGAGGCAGUCAGCCCCGCUGAGGAGCCGAUCAGCCCGCCACCGACUGUGGAGCACAGCGGGCUGGAGGGGCCUGGGGCCGCUGCAGCUGGCAGAACAGGCAAAGAACCGAUCCUUCGCAUCAAUCGAGCCGGUCAGUGGUACGUGGAGACGAGCAGCGAGCCGGAGCGGAGUGGCAGCGCAGAGGAGGGUGGCGGCCUGGAUGGAGUCAGGAUCAAGACGGAGAGGAUGGAGGAGUGGAUCGGAGCGGGAGAGCAUCAGGAGGAGGGGGGCCCGGUGGAGGAGGGGGCCACCAUGAUGAUUGACACAUCAGGACGCAGCACGCUGAUGACAGGGGCAGUGGGAGCGCUGGGGGCCCGCAGCGUCCAACCAUCUUCCAGCUUCAGUGAGACGGACAGGUUCAGUCCCACCGGCAGCGUGGUUGUCCUGGCGGAGCGUCAGAGAGCAAAGAGUGAGUCUCCCAACAGGGCGGACGAACUGCGACAGCCGAGCUCCCAGGGGGAGGAGCACGCAGCAUUUGAUAUGGGUGGAUACGAGGACUACCUAAGGGAGCAGGUAGGAGACCGCUGGUUCCGCUACAACCCCCGGCUAACCUGCAUCUACUGCUGCAAGUCCUUCAACCAGAAAGGCAGCCUGGACCGCCACAUGCGCCUGCACAUGGGCAUCACGCCGUUCGUCUGCCGCAUCUGCGGGAAAAAGUACACCCGCAAGGACCAGCUGGAGUACCACAUCCGCAAGCACACCGGCAACAAGCCCUUCCACUGCCACGUCUGCGGCAAGAGCUUCCCCUUCCAGGCCAUCCUCAAUCAGCACUUCCGCAAGAACCACCCAGGCUGCGCCCCCCAAGAGGCUCACAGUGCUUCCCCCGAGACUACCACUGCCUCCGUCACGUCCAGGGGGGGUCCGAGCGACGAGGCCUCCCCCAGCCAAGAGGAGCCCGAGGGUGGGGGCAGCGGUGGUGGGGGCAGCGGUGGUGGAGGCCAGUAUGGCGAGGCUCCCCAGGCCUCGGUCUCCACCACGGGCCCUGACUGA